AUGGGUUUACUCGAGAGCUUGACGGCGGCUAACCCGCUCUACAUCGGAGGCUCCAUCUUUGGAGCCUACCUUCUCCUUCUGGUGUUCUUCAGGGUUAGAAUGGAGUAUCUCCUCAGAAAGUCUGGUGGUGUGAGAGCUCCAGUCAUCGCUUCCAACCCCUUUACAGCCAUUCCGGUAUUCUUGCGGAUUGGGCGCUAUCAACUUAGGCACCAGCUCCUCGAGGGAUUCAACACUCUUUUCAGCGUCGCUACCCCUGAGUCUCCGAACACAGUCGAGAUUGGCUUCACGGGCAAGCUCCGCUUCCUCAUCACCAGAGAGCCGGAGCACAUCAAGACUGUCCUCACCUCCAAGUUUGCCGACUUUGGAAAGGGGCCCAUGUUUCAUCAAGUCUGGUCUCCGUUCCUAGGCGACAGCAUCUUCACUACGGAUGGAAAGACGUGGCAGGAUAACCGGAGCUUGAUCCGGCCUAUGUUCAUCAAGGAUCGAGUUAGCGACUUACACAUCUUUGACAAGUGGACCAACAUCAUGAUGGACAAGUUCCCGGCGUCAGGAGUCACCUUUGAUAUCUCGGAUCUAUUCUACCGUAUGACGCUUGAUGUGACGACCGAUUUCCUGCUUGGACAUGGUGUUAACAGUCUUGGCAACCCGAAGCAUCACUUUGCACACGCUUUCAACGAGGUCCAGAGUUAUCAAAUGUUUUACACAAUCAUGGCACCCUUUGAGAACAUCUUGCCCCACGGAACUUACAAGCGCGGCAUCAAGGUUAUUGAGGAGUUUAUCCACCCUUUCAUCCAAGAGGCCCUGGCCUUGCCGCCAUCAGAGCUCGAGAAGCUCUCCAAGUCUGACAAGGAUUUCACCUUCCUUCACAACAUUGCUCGUUUCACGCGCGACCCCAAGGUCAUCCGCGACCAGCUCGUUGCUAUCCUCCUCGCUGGUCGUGAUACCACUGCUGCAACGCUCUCGUGGACUCUCUACGAGCUCUCCCGCUACCCUGCCACAUAUGCCAAGCUGCGCGCUGAGAUCCUGACGACCUUGGGACCCAAGAGGGCACCGACCUACGAGGACCUCAAGAGCAUGAAGUACUUGACCAACUGCCUCCAGGAGACUCUGCGUCUGUACCCAGCGGUGCCUUUCAAUGUGCGCUCCGCGUUGACGACUACGACCUUGCCUGGCAGGAAUGGCAACCCCGACAUCGCCGUGAUCGAGGGAGAUUCAGUUGUGUACAGCACGCUCGCCAUGCAGAGAAGGCGGGAUCUAUAUCCUGAAGUGUCAGAGACGUUUGCGGACCCGGCCAUCUACAGCCCCGAACGGUGGGAGCACUGGCAGCCGAAGCCAUGGCAGUAUGUGCCGUUCAAUGGUGGUCCGAGAAUCUGCGUUGGACAAAACUUUGCCAACACGGAGAUGGCUUAUACGAUGGCGAGAAUUCUGCAAAAGUUUGACAGGCUCGAGUACCGCGGAGACUGGAACGCGCAGGUCAUCAGGGCCGAGAUCGUCGGCGCGCCGGGCCAUGGCGUGCCUAUCGCGCUUUUUGAGGCUGUCGAUGGUGAGAUGGCAUAA